GCGGUUGAGAUGCGGUUGUGACGGUGCCCGGUUCUUUUGGCUGUCCCGGCUGUCUUUUCAGGGGGCAGAGGAGAACUCUGCCAAAGCGUUGGGUCCUGCCUUCGCGCUGAGGAGGCUUCAUUCCUGGAUCGGGCUUGACCGGGAUAAGCCCCAGCUUUUCUUGCAGAUUAUUAUUUACACUGGAUAUGCUGCUCUUCUUUAUUGUGGGAUUGCUCGUACAUUUUGUGUUCUUCGCCUCCAUCUUUGACAUUUAUUUUACGUCUCCUUUGGUUCAUGGGAUGGCUCCUCAGUUUACACCAUUGCCUCCUCCAGCAAGAAGACUAGUGCUCAUUGUUGCUGAUGGCCUGCGGGCAGAUGCACUUUAUGAAUUAGAUGAAAAGGGGAAUUCUAGAGCACCAUUUAUUAGGAAUGUCAUAAUGCACGAAGGCAGCUGGGGGAUAUCUCAUACACGUGUGCCAACUGAAUCUCGGCCGGGCCAUGUAGCCCUGAUAGCUGGGUUUUAUGAAGAUGUUAGUGCAGUCGUCAAAGGAUGGAAGGAAAAUCCUGUAGAAUUUGAUUCUGUUAUCAAUGAAAGCAAGUACACAUGGGGCUGGGGAAGCCCAGAUAUCAUGACUAUGUUUGCCAAAGGUGCUACAGGAAACCAUGUUUUUACAUAUAGUUAUGAUGCUGACGAUGAGGAUUUUGGUGCCCAGGAUGUAACCAAACUGGAUACAUGGGUCUUUGAUAAUAUUAAGGAAUUCCUUCGUGCUGCCAGAAACAACCAAUCUUUAUUUUCUAAACUAAAUGAUGAGAAAAUAGUUUUGUUCUUACAUCUAUUAGGAAUAGAUACAAACGGACAUGCUCACCGAUCAACAUCGAGGGAAUAUAAGGACAAUAUUAAACUAGUUGAUGAGGGAAUUAAAGAACUUGUGUCCCUGAUUAAAGAGUUUUAUGGAAAUGAUGAGAAAACAGUAUUUCUCUUUACCUCUGACCAUGGAAUGACUGACUGGGGUUCCCAUGGGGCUGGUCAUCCUUCAGAGACCUUUACUCCUUUUAUCGCGUGGGGAGCUGGAAUCAAAUAUCCCCAAAAAGUACCAGCUCAGAAGUUUGAUGAUGGGCUUUUGAAAGAAUGGAAAUUGGAGUACUGGAAGAGGCAAGAUAUCAAUCAGGCUGAUAUUGCACCAUUGAUGGCUUCUCUUAUUGGAGUUCCCUUUCCCCUUAACUCAGUGGGAAUCCUUCCUGUGGAAUAUCUUAACAACACUGAUGUCUUCAAAGCAGAGAGCAUGUAUACAAAUGCAAAACAGAUUCUUGAACAGUUUAAGGUGAAAAUGACUCAGAAAAAAGAAGUUACUUUACCAUUUUUGUUUACACCGUUUAAGUUGCUUUCCGAUUCUAAACAGCUUGACGUUUUAAGAAAAGCAAAAUCUUAUAUAAAACAGGGAAAGUAUGAGAAAGCAGUCUUCCUUUGCAAGGAGCUGAUCGAUCUCUCAUUAAAAGGAUUGUCCUAUUAUCACACUUACGACAGAUUCUUUCUGGGCAUCAAUGUUCUGCUUGGUUUUGUGGGAUGGGCAUCUUAUGCUUCUGUGUUGAUCAUCAAGUCUCAUGCCAGCCUUCCCAGAGGCGUUAGUAAAGAAGUCAAGAAACCAAGCCACCUCCUGCUGUGUAGUUUUGUGGCUAUUGGGAUUUUAAUGGCAUUUUUCCUGCUGAUUCAAGCCUGUCCCUGGACUUACUACGUGUACUGCUUAUUGCCAGUGCCUAUAUGGUGUGCAGUUCUCAGGGAAUACCACGUUAUUCAAGACCUUGUCACAUCACUGUGGACCUUUCCCCCGCGUCGUUUUGUUGGAUACCUGUUAGCCUGUAUCCUGGGGAUUGAAGUAUUAGUUCUCAGCUUUUUCUACCGCUAUAUGCUUACUGCUGGACUUGUUGUAUUUGCGGGUUGGCCAUUUACCACUCAUCUGUGGACUCGAGCAAAGAGCAUCUCACUGAGUUGGAUCUUCUUCUGUUUGCUCCUGGCAGUGUUCCCACUGAUGCCUGUUGUAGGACGAAAGCCAGAUAUCUUUCUAGUAAUGGGUGCAGGCCUGCUGGUCCUUCUGCUGUCCUUGUUUGUUGUAACAUUGCUCAUAAAAACAAAAGAAAGUUUUGCAAAUGACAAGCUAUUGUUACAUCUAUUACAGAUGCUGAGCACGGUGCUCUCCAUGUGGGCUGUGUACAGCACCCAUAAUAGCCUACUUAAGAAACAAGGACUUCCUCUUAUUAACCAGAUGGUUAGCUGGAUAAUAUUAGCCGCCUCCUUUGUCGUGCCCCUGCUGAGCCCCAGGAGCCUCUUGGAGCGGUUAUUCAGCAUCCUUGUGUCCUCGAUGUCGGCCUACCUCCUUCUAAGCAGAGGGUAUGAAGCUCUCUUUCCAUUAGUAUUGUCGUGCUUGAUGUUUGUCUGGAUACACAUGGAACAAGAAACCCUACAACAAUCUGGUGUUUUCUGUAAACAGAAGGUCACCAGUAUGCAUUUCUCCUCCAGUGCGGACAUAACUCAGUUUCGACAGCUCUGCCUGGAUGACAUCCGUAGGGCCUUUUUCCUUGUUUUCUUCUUUGUGACAGCAUUUUUUGGAACUGGGAAUAUAGCUUCUAUUAACAGCUUUGAUCUUGCCUCUGUCUACUGCUUUCUGACCGUGUUUAGUCCUUUUAUGAUGGCAGCCCUGAUGUUGUGGAAGAUUUUUAUCCCAUUUGUUCUUGUGAUGUGUGCUUUUGAAGCCGUCCAGUUAACUACUCAGUUAUCAUCAAAAAGUCUUUUUCUCAUGGUUCUUGUCAUCUCAGACAUUAUGGCUUUGCACUUUUUCUUCUUGGUCAAGGAUUAUGGCAGUUGGCUUGAUAUUGGAACAAGCAUCAGCCACUACGUGAUUGUCAUGUGCAUGACCAUCGUCCUGGUGUUUCUCAACGGCCUGGCGCAGCUGCUCACAACAAGGAAACUCAGACUAUGUGGACAACCCAAAAGCCAUCUCAUAUGAUGUCUGGGUCCUGUUUCUCAGUCUCCAUUUAAGCUAAAAGCUUGCCCAGGGUUCAGCAGGAAGAAGGCUCCUGAUGUGUGGCACCCUCUACUCCUGUAAAGAAACGUACACGGUACACGUGGAAUUCUGAACUUACAGUUACCUGGAAUAAAGGAGCUUCCGUUUCUUUAGCUUCUGCAUGCAUCGAAUAGUUAUUAUGGAUGGCUGUGGGAAGGCAGAGUAAAGCAUCCUCCAUGUCCGUUCUCUCCCUUGAGCUGGCAGCUCUUUUACUGAUGGUUCAGAGCACCUGUGACGGUCCGCUCCCCAGCUGCACAGCUCCCUGUAUCCGCAGAGGAGAAACGCCCCUGAGGGGGCCUCCCGAUCACAUCCAGAAUCAGUGCAGUGGCUGAACUUGAAGGGAAUCGCCAGGUGGCACCAUAAAUAUUUAUCAAGUCUCAGAACUGGUUUCACAAAGAGUUCGAACUGCUCAGCAGUGACACCAGAAAGACUGUCAGGAUGUGCUCUUCAGAUUUGCUGAAGCUUCCGUAGGAACAGUGUUUGCAGGGGUGCGUCAUCUCUCUCCCGGUGCAGCAACGUUAAGCACCUUGCUGCUGUUUCUGGGGUUUUUAUGGUCAACCAUCUCGAUGCAAAUUUGACCUUCACUUUAUUUAUUUAUUUUUUAAUUUCUGGAUUCUCAUGGAAUUUCUGGAGAUAGGAAAGUUGAAAAUGCUUGGUAUUAGUGUCUUGUCCAUGGGCAAAAAUGGUAGAUUCAGUAUCUGUUAAUUGUAGAUUCAGUAUCCGUUAGCCCCAUAGGUUUUACCACGUGUUGUUUCAACAGAGUUCUUUAAAUCCAUGGUUAAACUUUCUGAUGAUAUAAGAGUCAGAGUUAAAAUUGCUUCUCUUUCUGGUUGUGAGAUUCUAGCCCAGAGGCCUAAGGUCCUCUCAUUAAAUUUAAGUUUAUAUUUGUAAACACAUUCUUAUGGACAAAAUAUGUUGAGAGUAAUUUUUAUUUGCCUUUUUCAUAAAGUGACCUUUGCAUGUCACUAUAGAGUUGGCCUUUUGUCCAUGGUAUGCCAGUUCACUGGUUUGUGUCCCAUUUUUUAAAAAGUAAUUGCUUUUGAAUUAAGUUAUAGCAUUUCUAACUCACAUUAAUGCCGAGGAAGCCCUCCACAAAUGACUAAAGUUUUUAGAUUGGCAGGUUAGUGAACAGAUACAAUUUAGAAGAUUCAAAAUCAGUUUGACAGUAUGGACUUUUUAAAUUUCUAUUUAUAACAAAGUAUAAUUUAUUUGUGAUAGUACUUUGUGGUGUCUCAGCAAAAGCAUUAUAAUAUAAAAAAUAGAAAGGCGCCUUGAUGUCGAUGUAAGACCUCACGCAUCAGUCUGCAAUAUAAAAUUUAGGUGGAUGACUAACAGGCGUUGGUGGCAGACAAUGACGUUGGCAGAGAACCAUGAACUUUCUCAUAGCCUCAAAGGAUUUUUGAUCAGUUUUUUCACAGCUCAGAGAAAAUUGACUUUAUAAACACUUAUUUAACUCCCUUUAUAUUGGUUUUGCCUUUCAUCUUUUCCCAGAUUUUCACACAGAGGAAUUAAUGAAUAUUUUAUUACGACAUUGUAAAGGGUGCUUGGUGCUUUAUCUUUAUUUUGCUCUUUGAAACAUGCCUUUUUCUCUAUAUUGCUUUGUGUUGGUGUGAGUUUACAAAGCAGGAACUCGCCUACAGCCCAGACUUGCCUUGUUGCACUGUCUGGAGCCCUCAGAAUCACUGGAGUUUGCCAAAUGGGCUUUUUCUCUUGCUCAGUUUAUCAAAUAUCUUAAGGUGUUUUGAAAUGCUUAUUUUUAUAUUGAGGAACAGAAAAAAUAAAGAAGAUUUAAGUAAAAUA